CCAGGGGAGGCUGUGGCCAUGGUGAAUGAGGGUCCCGGCCUGCAAGAGCGCGAUGAGCCCGCCAAGUCCGAGCCCGCCCUCCCAGCGGACCCCACCGUCUCCAUUCACCCCAGCGUCUCGACCCACCCCAGCGUCUCCAUUCACCCCAGCGUCUCGGCGCACCCCAGCAGUUCCGCCCACCCCACCGCCUCGGCCGAGCCCGGGGCCUUGGCGCAAUCCAGCGGUGCGGGCACCGAGGACCUAGGGGUCAUCAAGGUGAGCCGGCGCCGCUGGCCGGUGGUCCUGGUGUUCAGCUGUUACUCCAUGUGCAACGCCUUCCAGUGGAUCCAAUACAGCUCCAUCAACAACAUCUUCAUGCACUUCUACGGCGUCAGCGCCUUCGCCAUUGACUGGCUGUCCAUGUGCUACAUGCUGACUUACAUCCCCCUGCUGCUGCCCGUGGCCUGGCUGCUCGAGAGGUUCGGCCUGCGCACCGUGGCGCUCACCGGCUCGGCGCUCAACUGCCUGGGGGCCUGGGUGAAGCUGGGCAGCCUGCAGCCGCACCUGUUCCCGGUCACCGUGGUGGGCCAGGUCAUCUGCUCCGUGGCCCAGGUCUUCAUCCUGGGCUUGCCCUCCCGCAUCGCUUCCGUCUGGUUCGGAGCCAACGAGGUUUCCACCGCCUGCUCCGUGGCGGUCUUCGGCAACCAGCUUGGAAUUGCCAUUGGGUUCUUGGUUCCUCCUGUUUUGGUACCCAACAUUGAAGACCGUGACAAGCUUGCCUACCACAUCAGCAUCAUGUUCUAUAUAAUAGGAGGUGUGGCCACUCUCCUUUUCAUCCUUGUUGUCAUCGUGUUCAAGGAGAAGCCUAAACAUCCCCCCAGCAGGGCCCAGUCCCUGAGCUAUGCCUUGGCGUCCCCUGAUGCUUCGUACUUGAGUUCCAUCGUCCGGCUCUUCAAAAACCUCAACUUUGUGCUUCUCGUCAUCACCUAUGGUCUGAAUGCUGGUGCUUUUUACGCCCUGUCCACUCUGCUGAAUCGCAUGGUGAUCUUUCACUACCCGGGGGAAGAAGUGAAUGCUGGAAGAAUCGGCCUGACCAUCGUCAUUGCAGGAAUGCUUGGGGCUGUGAUCGCAGGCAUCUGGUUGGAUAGGACCAAAACCUACAAACAGACAACUCUGGUGGUCUAUAUCAUGACUCUGGUGGGCAUGGUGGUGUACACGUUUACCUUGAACCUUGGACAUCUGUGGGUGGUAUUCAUCACCGCCGGCACAAUGGGCUUCUUCAUGACUGGCUACCUCCCACUGGGGUUCGAGUUUGCCGUGGAGCUCACGUACCCAGAAUCCGAAGGCAUAUCCUCUGGCCUCCUCAACAUCUCUGCACAGGUAUUUGGGAUCAUCUUCACCAUCUCCCAGGGACAGAUUAUUGACAAGUAUGAAACCAUGCCUGGGAACAUCUUCCUGUGCGUGUUCCUCGCCCUUGGAGUGGCCCUCACUGCAUUCAUUAGGGCAGAUCUCCGGAGACAGAAAGCAAACAAAGAAGUUCCUGAGACCAAAUUCCAAGAGGAGGAGGAAGAGAGCAACACCAGCAAAGUGCCCACCACCGUGUCAGAAGAUCAUCUCUGAGAGGAAGGUGGUGGUGACUCAGGGAACACAGAGAACACCUGCCUCUCCUUCAGCAUGGCUCUCACUGCCAGCACAAAUGGCUUCGCUGGAGCAGCUUUUUGGAGGGCACUGGCUGCGGUAUUUGUGGCCUGGACGGUGAUACUUGUGCCUCCUGGAACCCAUUCCUGAGCUUGGAUAAUUUCAUUGGGGAAAAACCGCACCUUUCACCAAAUGCAGAUUUGAUUCUUACCUCCACCCCUUUUGGGUCGUGGGAGCUGGUGUUGGGAGAACGUGG